GUUUGAAUGCAACGAUCACAGAUUAGCAGUGAGCAGGAGUUCAUUAUAAAGGCAGCGUGUGAGGCAGGGUCAUGGAGAUGGGAUAUGUGUGAGCAUCUUCACGUACAUUUUAGUCAGCACAGGAAAGCAAAUAGGUGCAGAUUUUUUAUUUUCACUCUUUUUGGACGGUUAAGUGAGAGGGGAUCACAAAGCUGGGACAAUGUUGCUUUGUCAGAAGCGCCUGAAGGUGCGACACGUCCUCACCUUCGUCACGGGCAUGGUGGAGAGUCUGGGUUUUGCGGGCAUCAUGUUUGGUUGGCCAUCUCUUGUUUUCAUUCUCAAGACGCAGGGUUUCUUCGCCUCCUUUUGCGUCAACGCCACAGACAUUGACGGCUCGCUGGUGCAAGAUUGCACCGGACAGGAUGAGCAGUUCGCUCUGGUCUUCACCAUCGCAUCCUUCCUGAAUAAUUUCCUCACACUCCUCAACGGCCUCAUCUUUGACCGCUUUGGCACCUUAGUGGCUCGGCUCUUCGGACUAUUCCUUCACACCUCUGGUAUCUUGAUGUUGGCCUUCUCAACCCCAGUUAUGUCCAUGCUGCUUUACCCAGCUCUCUCCUUCAUAGCUGUGGGUGGAAUGAUGCUGCUCAUCAGCAACACGCAGGUGGCAAAUCUUUUCGCCGCCCAUCGUUCCACCAUCAUCACCAUCUACAACGGUGCCUUUGACACGUCCUCAGGAGUCUUCAUCAUCAUCAAGUUCAUAUACGAGGCAGGCAUCUCCCUUCAGGCCAGUUUCUUGUUCCUCGCUGCCUGCAGCGUCAUGCACGUGCUGAGGACCGUCUUCUUGUUUCCAAGAACCUUCAUACCGUAUCCUCUUCCUGAAGACUACACAUACGGGGUAUCCUGUCGGAAAAAAAAGGCAAAGGAGUCUCAGCAGGUGACCUCCCAGACAACCACAGAGGAAGAGCCACCUGCCAAGGACAAACCUGAAAUUCCAGAGAAAACUUUCCGUGAGUGUGUUCUGUCCAGGUUAUUCUUGUUGCUCCUGCUUUGGUUGUCUGUGAUCCAGCUGAGACAUUAUCUGUUCAUUGGCACCCUCAACCCCACGCUGGAGAGGCUGGCUGGUGGAGAUUCAUCAGUUGUGAGCCAGUACAUCAAUGCCUAUGCCUUCACUCAGAUGUGUCAUGUGUUCUGUAGUCCCUUGAAUGGUCUCAUCCUGGACAGACACAAGAGAAAACCCAGAGUAGCAGGAAUGAGUGAACAGGAAGCAGACCUGAAUUCUGCAGUUCUGUCUUUCUUCCUGACGUCGGUGAUGGCCAUGGUGUUCUCAAUUAGUGCAGCCAUCCCAGUGCUGCAGCUGCAGUACUUCACCUUCGUGAUGCAAGUGCUCAAUUACGCCUUCCUGUACGGCGGCCUUACAUCCUUCAUCAGUGUGGUUUUCCCAACAUGUCACUUUGGGAAGCUGUUUGGCCUCAUGAUGGCUCUUUCGGCCGUCUUCUCUUUACUGCAGUAUGCCUGCUUUGCUGUGGUGGAAACGCUUCUGCAUGGAGAUUCUUUAUACGUGGACAUUGCUCUGACAAUACUCAUCCUGUCGUCCUUCAGCCACCCUGCGUCUGUCCUUGUGCAGUGUCGAAACCUUGCAGCCCAGCGAGCCAAAGCCAGCGCGAGUUGUCAGGUCGCCGUUGUUGCUUGAAGGCAUUUGGACAUCUGCUGUAACCUCACUGAAAUUAGAACUGAACCAAUAAAUAAUGUG